AUGAGCAUCGGGCGUGACGCUUUUGCUCGAGCUGCAGAAUACUCGGAGAAUCAGCGGUAUCAGCGUUUGUGGGAGCAAGCGCAUCGUGAGGGGGAUUGGUACGCGAUGCAGCUUGAGAACAUGGCCUUCGAGGAUGAGGUCAAGCGAUUGGCGAAGGAGAAAGCCCUAGCUCAUGAGGCAGAGAUGAAGAAAGUCAGAAAAAUUGAGUGGGCGGCUGAGGAAGAAAUGCAGCGGAGGAAGGAGAUUGUCGAGGGCAAGAAGGCGGUCAGAUUUGCAGACGAAGUCGAGGCAGGCCCUUCAUCGAACAUUGAGAUUACCAAGCCUCUGAAAGCAAAGGUUCGGGAUCGAAGCACGGGAAGCAUGGACUAUGAAGACAACCUGCCAAUACCGCCAGCGCCAUUCGGGUGGUUGUGA